AUGGCUGCUCAACUGGACGCGGCACAGCAGGUUGCGGCCCUGCAAGCGAUGCAGGAUGUGAACUUGAAUUUUCAACGUAACGCAGCUGUGCAUGAAAGUGAAGGCCUUGGUGUAGCGACGGAGGCGCAAAUCACCCAUGUGGCCGACCGCUGUGCGAACUUGAGGACGAAAUGCACGCCACAGCAAUACCUGUUCAUCCUGCGACAGUUGAACGCCAGGACAUACGACAGGGUGACCAAGCCACCCGCAAACUUGAACUUGCACCCUAUGGCCCUAGUGGCAACCUUCCGCUGUGCUGAUACUUUGAAUGAUGCACAAGCGAACUCGCUCAUGGACGCGGUUUCCAAAGCCAUCACAGGGUCGCUUGACCCAAAAUCCGAGGAGAAGCGCCGCGGAAUGGAAGCGGUUUACGACAUCUUCACGACUUCACUAAAAACAAAUCUGCAGAAUUUGCCGCCAGUGGCUGCGGAUCCACCGGAGACCUUCCAUCAACGACAGCUGAAUAAUUCUCUAGUAUCUAACUUCUUACCAGACUUUGUGGCACAGCUGUCGAUUGAAAAGCGACGACUGGAAAUGGAGGAGUCAGCCGCUAAAGCGGUGACGAUGGCUGUAGAAAAACACUUCAACGAAAAAUUUGGAGGAAAAACCAAGCAAAUGGAGCAGGAGAUCAAGAAUUUGAGAGCCCAGAGGGCACGGUCUCCACGACGUUCACCAAGCAGAAAAGGAGAUAACAAGAAAGGCGGAAAAGGAGCAUGGAAGCCGCCAAAUGAUCUCGUCUGCUUGAGUUGGAUGGAAGGAAAAUGUGCGGGAUCUACCUGUCCAAACGGAAACUCCCACAAGGGAGAACUAAAGAAAUUGGAACUCCUCAACAAAAGUUAUUUAGGAGGAAAGAUCACACAAGAACAGCUCAAGCGUAUUGCGUCGUGAAUUCCUCCCUCCAUCCCAUUAAGACGCCCCUCCUCUAGUAUAUAAAAGAAAAGUUUCAAUAAAUUUUAACUAAUGUCGGUUUGUUAGUUCUACUUCCUCUCUUCCUGCAAAGUCUCUUUACCAUACCUGCAUCCUUGUUUUUCCACCUUUAAGCAAUAGAUUGAUCGAAGUUUCCUUCACCUUCCUUGCAUUUUGUUACAUACCUUAUCUCGUCAUCAUACCUUAUCUCGUCAUCUCACCCCAAAGACGUGCACUCGGAGAUGUGUCACUCGACUUACAUUUCCACACCUUCCUUUCUAGAUUGAGCGCCGUCCCCCCCUCUACCCCAGAGACUGACGACACUCCCACAUGCAAACUUUGCCCAAGUUUUUGAAAAAGACGCACC